AUGAUAGAGAUCAAACUAUUAAAAAACAUUUUUCUAGUGGUGUUGUUUGUCAACAUUUUUUAUUUUGUUAAAGUUUAUAAACUUGAAGAAGAAAAAUUAAUACAACUAGCUAUUAAACAUAAAAACUCGAUAAAUUAUCAUACAGAUGAUGAAGUACCAUUUCAUGAUCAAAAACCAUAUCAUUUAUUAAAUACACAAGAAAAAAUUGCAUAUCUAUUACAUAAAGUUUCAUUAAAUCAAGAUAAUAAUUAUUGGUUAGCAAAUACAAAAGUUGAAAAUCCUUCAAUUGAUAUAGAUCCAAAAUUAUAUUUACCAGUGAAUAAUAGUAAUGAAAGAAGUUGGUAUUAUAAAUCAGAAUUAUUUUAUGAACCAAGAUUUAUAUUAUCUGUUAUAUUAGAUGAAUUGAAAAAUCAACUACUAAACCUAAACCCCAAAAAUAUAAAAGAAAAUGAUCAUUUAAUUAAGUUACCAUUUUCAUGGUCUGAUUGGGUUGAUUUAACGAUGUUAAAUGAAGAAAUUUCAAAAUCAAUAGAUGAAAAAAGAAAUUGCAAGUGGUUACAAGCAAAAGCAAAUAAGAAAACAAAAUAUUCAAAAUGGUGUCAAAAUUUAUUGGAUUUGUCAGAUGAAGAAAUUGAAGAAAUUGGUAUUGCAAGAGAAGAUUUACCUGGUUUUAUUGUUAGAAAUUCUCCAAUGAAUAAAGCACCUCAUAGAGAAGUUAUGUUACAAGGUAAGGCACAUUUAUUUACAAGUCAAGAAAAUCCAAUUUCAGUAAUUUUUUUGGCUAAAAAUGGUACUUAUGAAGCUCAAUUGAUUAAUAAACGACAAAGAUUGAUUCAUACUGAUUUAUUUGAAAAAUAUUUAAUUAGAAGAGGUAUAAAUCCAAAUAAUAUAGAAGACAUGAUGAAAAUCAAUAUGAAUCCACAAGUUGAAUUUAAUGAACUAUUAAAUGCUAUCAAACCCAGACCAUUAAAUCCUGAUGAUGAUAUUCAUAAAAUGAGACAAAUUACCAAACAAACUGAUACAAAUGUUUCACGAGAACUUUACCUCGAUAAAGAUUCAUUCCAUUAUAAACAAGAAGAGGUUGAUGAACAAUUAAGUGAUUAUGAAUUAAGAUUAAAUAAAAUUGACGAAUCUAUUUCAAAUGAAUUAAAAUAUGAUCCUGCCGUGAUUUCAGAAAAUAGAUUAAAUCGUCACGAAUUAAAUCAUUAUGAAGGUUUAAAAUAUGCAAAUAAAUUCCCUGUUGCAAAAGAACCAACUUACUAUAAAUUGGCAACUUUAAAGAAAAAUAAGUUUAACCAAGAUGCUGGUUGGCAUUAUGAAUGGAGGUUUUUCAAUGGUGCCUUAAGAUAUAUUAAAGAUGAGACUUGGACAACUGAACAAUUGGAAGUUAGAGAACAAAUUAUAUUGGAUAGAUUAUUAAGAAAUUGGUUUAGAUUUGCUGAAGAAAAAGGUAUAAUUUCAUGGAUUGCUCAUGGUCCAUUAUUAUCGUGGUAUUGGGAUGGAUUAAUGUUCCCAUUUGAUAUUGAUAUUGAUAUACAAAUGCCACUGAGUGAAUUAAAUAGGUUAUCAGCCAAUUAUAAUAUGACUUUAAUUGUUGAAGAUAUAGAUGAAGGUUUUGGGAAAUAUUUAAUUGAUUGUGCUGCAUUUUUACAUCAUAGAGAUUUAGCUGCAAAAGAUAAUCAUAUAGAUGCAAGAUUUAUUGAUGUAGAUACUGGUACAUAUAUUGAUAUAACAGGUAUUGGCAUAAAUAAUGAAAGACCUCCAUCAGAAUAUGAUGCAUAUAUUAGACGUAAAAAACAAAAAGGAGAAUCAGUUGAAUUAUAUAUGGAUAGAAGAAAACAUUGGUUAAAUUUUGAAAAAAUUGAUCCUUUAAGAUAUUCACUUAUUGGUGGAGUUCCAGUUUAUGUUCCUAAUGAUAUUUUAUCAAUGUUAAAUCAUGAAUAUUCAAGAGGUACAAAACUGUAUUAUUUUAAUGGGUAUUAUUAUGUUCCAAGUUUAAGAUUAUGGAUUCAACAAGAUAAAUUGACAAAAAUUUUUAAACCUGAACAAAUUUUAGAUAAAAAAGGUGAAGUUAAUAGAUCAAAAUUAGUUGAUUUAGUUAAAGAAUUGGAUGAUGAAGGGAAAUUGAAAAUAUUAGAAAUGAAUGAAGAUAUAUUAAUUGAAUAUUAUUUAACUCAUAAAUUAACUACAUUACAUGAAGUUGAAAAAAAAUUUAUGUUGGAUCACUCAUUACAACAACUGAUUUUAAAUUUAACUUAUAAUGAAGAAUAUCAUUAUUUAACAUCAAAAUUUAAAAUGAGUAAACCAAUUAGAAAAUCUUUAUUUGAUUUUGAAUAUUAUAGUAGAUUUAGAUAUAUGGAAAAAGGAGAAGAAAAUAAUGAACCAGUUGAAAUUAUAGAGAUCUUAGAAGAAGAAGAGAAACAAAACCAAGCUGAAUUAUUAAAACAACAAGCAGAAGAAGCAAGAUUAAAACAAGAAGAAUUCUUAAUGGAACAAGGACAACAAUUAGAACAACAACAUAAAGAAUUUGAAGAAACUUGGGUAGAAACUAGACCAGAACAAGCCAAUGCAGAUCAACCAACAGUAGAAGAAUUAGUCGAUGAUAAAGAACAACUUCUAAAUAGUAACGAUGAAAUACCGCUUAAUGAUUAA